AAUGCUCACCUCCCGUGGUGCUGUCGCCCGUCUGUCCAGGAGAGCCCUCAACAGCGCGAAGAGGACAAAUGCCUUCUUCUCCACCGCUGCCCUCGCUCAGCGCGUCGCUGUCCCUGCCAGCACCCAACAACGAGUAAGCAACACUCGUCCCAGGGCUGCAGCACCCGCUCCUGCGCGCUCCUACGCCACCGAGGCGAAGCCUGGUUCAAUUGGUACAGUCAAGACCGUCAUCGGUGCCGUCGUCGACACCGGUGCUCCCAUCAUGGUCCCUGUCGGCAAGGGCACUCUCGGUCGUAUCAUCAACGUCAUUGGCGAGCCCAUUGACGAGCGUGGCCCCAUCAAGGGCGAGAAGAUGUUGCCCAUCCACGCCGACCCCCCUGCUUUCGUCGACCAGUCCACGACCGCUGAAGUUUUGGAGACCGGUAUCAAGGUCGUCGAUCUCCUCGCUCCUUACGCUCGUGGUGGAAAGAUUGGUCUCUUCGGUGGUGCUGGUGUCGGAAAGACUGUGCUCAUUCAGGAGCUCAUCAACAACGUUGCCAAGGCCCAUGGUGGUUUCUCUAUCUUCUGCGGUGUCGGUGAGCGUACCCGUGAGGGUAACGACUUGUACCACGAAAUGAUUGAGACCGGUGUCAUCCAGCUCGAGGGUGACUCCAAGGUCGCUCUCGUCUUCGGUCAGAUGAACGAACCCCCUGGUGCCCGUGCCCGUGUUGCUCUCACUGGUCUCACCAUUGCUGAGUACUUCCGUGACGAGGAAGGCCAGGAUGUGUUGCUCUUCAUUGACAACAUUUUCCGAUUCACUCAAGCUGGUUCUGAAGUGUCUGCCUUGCUCGGUCGUAUCCCCUCCGCCGUCGGUUAUCAACCCACUCUCUCCACUGACAUGGGUGCCAUGCAAGAGCGUAUUACCACCACCAAGAAGGGCUCUAUCACUUCCGUGCAGGCCGUCUACGUGCCCGCUGACGAUUUGACCGAUCCCGCCCCCGCCACCACCUUCGCUCACUUGGACGCCACCACUGUCUUGUCCCGGUCCAUUGCCGAGCUUGGUAUCUACCCCGCCGUCGACCCUCUCGACUCCAAGUCUCGUAUGCUUGACCCCCGUAUCGUCGGUCAGGAGCACUACGAGGUUGCCACCGCCGUGCAAAAGAUCCUCCAGGACUACAAGUCGCUCCAGGAUAUCAUUGCCAUUCUCGGUAUGGACGAGUUGUCGGAAGAGGACAAGCUUACUGUCGAGCGUGCUCGUAAGAUCCAGCGUUUCAUGUCCCAGCCUUUCCAGGUCGCCCAGGUCUUCACUGGUUAUGAGGGCAAGCUCGUCACCCUGAAGGACACCAUCCGUUCCUUCAAGGAGAUCCUCUCUGGCCAGCACGACUCUCUCCCCGAGUCUGCCUUCUACAUGGUCGGCACCAUCGAGGAUGUCAAGGCCAAGGCUGAGCAACUCGCCAAGGAAAUGGGCAACUAAGUGGACUCAUUCGUUUUCGUAGCAUACAGUAUAUCCUCUCCUUGUCAUAGAUUUCCUGCCAACCAAAAUUACCCUUAAUCACGGCUUAA